AUGGUAAUUAUUCCAUCUUUCGUGAAACUUUUACCAAUUCCGGAGCCACUAAUUACACCGGAUUUAAUUAAUAAUUCAGCCGAUUUUGGAACACCAGAAGAAUCUCAUGAUAAUACUGUAGAAUUUGAAAAUUCGGUAAGUUUUUCUAUUAAAAUCUUUUAGAAUCCUCCGAAAAUUUCAGAAAAAUAUAUCUCGAUUAAUAUCAGAAGAUUAUUUUACUGAUUCAAUUCUACCUUGUGAUAAUACAACAUCGCCGGGAAAUUGGAUGAUUUAUUGUAGUGGAAAACUAUUACAAGCUGUUAUGUCAGUCAAACUUUAUAAUGAUUCAAAAACAUUUUUGGAUCAACCAAUGAAACAGAAUACAACGGGUCCAAUGAUAAUGCGAGCUUUUCAUCGAACAUUCUCAGGACCAAUUGAAAAUAUUCGAAAAGAAGAAUUGAAAAAAUUUGUAGAUAAAUAUUUCGAUAAAGAAGGAAAUGAAUUGGAUGUUUGUGAAUUACCAGAAUGGGCUCCGAAACAAUUUAGCGGAAUUAAAGAUGAAACAUAUAAUGCGUUUGCUCAACGAAUUCACUUUAUUUGGAUUCAACUUUGUCGAAAAAUGAAAGAGGAAGUGAAAGAUGAACAAAAUCGCUUUUCCCUUCUUUAUGUUCCAAAUUCUUUUAUUAUUCCUGGUGGAAGAUUCAGAGAAUUUUAUUAUUGGGAUGCAUAUUGGAUUAUUAAAGGAUUACUUGCAUCACAAUUAUAUUCAACUGCAAGAAAUAUGAUUUCGAAUUUUGGAUAUAUUAUUGAAAAACAUGGAUUUAUUCCAAAUGGAGGAAGAGUUUAUUAUCUUCGAAGAUCGCAACCUCCGAUGUUUGCACCAAUGGUUUAUGAAUAUUUUAUGGCAACUGAUGAUUUGCAAUUUGUUGCUGAUAUGAUUCCAUUAAUUGAAAAAGAAUAUACAUUUUGGAAUAAUCAUCGAAGUGUAAAUGUAACAAAAGAAGAUGAUAUUGAAACAACUUAUAACAUGUUCCAAUAUCGAACAGAAUCACAAACUCCAAGACCAGAAUCAUUUAGAGAAGAUGUUUUAAGUGCUCAACAUCUUCAUUCAAAUUCAUCUGAUUCUCGACGUAAAUUCUUUCAAAAUAUUGCAAGUGCAGCUGAAAGUGGAUGGGAUUUUUCGAGUCGAUGGUUUUCGGAUGGACAAAAUAUGUCAACAAUUGAAACAAUCGAUAUUGUUCCUGUUGAUUUGAAUGCAUUUAUUUGUUAUAAUAUGAACAUCUUAUCAUUUUUCUAUUCAAAAUUAGGAAAUAGAUUGAAACAUGAUGAAUGGGCUGGAAGAUAUAAUCAAUUCCGCGAUUUUUUCACUCAAGUAUUCUAUGUUUCCUCAAGGAGAGGAUGGUGAGCAUUUUGUGAAUAUUAGAAUAAACAAUAAAAUAAACUUUAGGUACGACUACAAUCUCCGAACUCAAAAACAUAAUACCGAAUUUUAUCCAACAAUUGCAGCUCCAUUAUUUGCUCAAUGCUAUGAUCCUUUAAAUACGAAACUUGCAGUUGAUGUUUAUAAUCAAAUUGAAGAAAUGGGAGCAUUAAAAUGGCCAGGUGGAAUUCCAACAAGUUUGAGACAAAAUACAAGUCAACAAUGGGAUUUUCCAAAUGGUUGGAGUCCUUUGGUUCAUAUGGUUAUUGAAGGAUUUCGAAAAAGUUUGAAUCCAGUGUAAGUUUUGCUAACUAAAAAACGAAUAUCAUUCUAAAAAAAUCCUUUUUGUAGACUUCAACAAAAAGCCUAUGAAAUUGCGAAAAAAUGGUUGGAAACUAAUAUUUUAACAUUCAAUAUUUCAAACGCAAUGUGGGAAAAAUAUGAUGUAAAAGAACCAGAUGCAAAAUUAGCGACAGGAGGUGAAUACGAAGUUCAAGCUGGAUUUGGUUGGACAAAUGGAGCUGCUCUAGACUUGAUGUUAACUUAUUCUGAUCGAUUAAAUUGGACAGGUCCAAGGCUAGAAAAUCUUGUUGGACCAAAAACUACAACAACAAUACAAACAACACAUGAUACAAUAACUACAACUUCCUCCUCAUCUUCUUCUUCUACCCCAGUUUCCUCCUCAAAUACUUCAAAAUCAUAUUUAAUAAUUACAAUAACCAUGUUCAUAAUGUAUAUAGGAUUACUGUAG